CUGAUACGUAAAUUAAUCUUAACGACAACAACAACUCAAACAUUCUUUUGUCACGUCAACAAAUUGAUAAGCAAAUCAAUUUUAUUGGACGGUACUAGUACUGCAGGUCAUAAAUUCAAUUAACGAAUUGGUUGGUUUUCCGGUGUUCGCUUCAUUUGUUGCUAGUAGCUCGUCGGUUGCGGUCGUUCUUCAGCUCCCAACAGAAUCCGUCUGCAUCCUUCCCGUUUUACUGAAAGUACUGAACUAGUGGGCUCCGUUCGAGAUGGACAACAAUCCGAAUCAAGGUCACGGAAACCAGAAAAAAGCUCCCCCAGCAAGCGGCCAGAAUGGGGUAAGGAACCACCGUAACGGUGAAUUGAGGGAGAUCCCAAUUUGGCCUAGCUUGGAGAUGGCCAGAGUUAUGUUGCCGGUUGUAGGCAUCGAAGUGCAUUUGCCUCCGCAGACCAGUCGUGGCUCCGCUCCGAGGGCCAACGCAAACACCACACCCAGAUCUAGACCACGUACUGCGACGCCAUUUUUAAGACCCCAAGAGACUUGUGAGGAAUGUUUGUAUCGUGACCUCUUGAAUACGGGCUGUCAGCCUCAACAAGUUCCUAGGCCUCAAGCUGCUCAGCCCCAAGAUCAUCCUCGUCCCGGGUUCGUACCGCCGAGGACUUCGCCGCAAACCAAUUUUUCUGGCUCGUAUUCGACCUAUGGUAUGGGGGAUCCCGGCUUCUCAAUGUUCUUUUUGCCUCAAGCUCCUCGCUUUGGAGACAACGGGUACUCUAUGCCCCCCUAUAUUAGCAUGGCAAACUUACCUUUUGUAUCCCAGCCUCUAUUCGGAGAAGCAGUUGGGUAUGGAUCCAAUCUUCCCACCAUGAGGAAUCUGGGUGAUGAUAGAUGGGGGCAAUACGCAUACUUCGACAUCACCCCUCCAGAUUCUCAGACCCAGAACACGCCCAACGCUCAGUUUUUGAACAGGGUUCCGUUUCCGUUUCCGAUGCCCUUCCCCAGAUUCAUGCCGGAGUUUCCAAUGGGUAGGGAGGCAAGACCACGAGCUGCUGCUGGUGCUGCAGCCGCUGCCGCCGCUGCUGCUGGGCCAAUAUACGGGUUUCCACAGAACCUCACCGUGCACGAACUUAAUCACAGAACUCAAAACAGACAGAAUCCGGCACCGGUGCAAAAUCAACAGCAACAAAUGCCUCCUGUGGAUGAGUAUUUUUUUGAGGUUGAUCUCUCAGAGGAAGGGAUGCUAAUUUUUAGAGACGAGGAGGAGGAGGAAGAUACUGAAGAUGCACACGUUACCCCACGACGUGCUUGAUUUGUGACCAUAAUCCAGGAUCUAUUGAGUUAAUGAUAUCAUUUAGUAUAAGUUAGUGAUGAUAGUUCGUUCCAAUUUGCAUCAGUGUUAAUGUCCUCAUUUUCACUUUGCAUCUUGUAUUACAAAUAAUUUCAUAAACUACAGGUUACCUAGAUGUACGAUUUUAGAUAUUUUUGGUUGACAUUUAAUUGAAGUAGAAUUUUACUUCAUUUAUGUUGAUUGUUGAAAAUAUUUUAGAAAGUACAUUACACAUAUCUGUACAUAGAUAUAUAUUUAAUGUAGUUAGAAAUAUAUCCUGGAUUUUACAAAUAAAAGUUUAUUUCAGUA